AACAUGUGAUCGUUACAUGACUGCAGUUUAAGAGCGUUCAGUCUUCAUUGUCCGAGCAUUUUCCACUCUUGAGCUCAAUCAUACAUCAUGGAGCAACCACGAGAGAAUGUUCUUGCAACCGAAACUCCAAUUCCUCAGCAGAAACAGUCUCAGGAUCUGCCUGUCGUCGCGAAGACCCCCGCAAACGCGGUUCCCCAGCGUGGUUCGGUUUUGACCGAGUUCCUUGAAGAUGUUAGAGAUAGGGUUGUAUUAUCUCUCGAUGAUUUUGCAACCCUUAUCCUCAACAUUUCCGCUGAUUGGAAAGUCGAAGAGGAAUUCAGCCUGCGACCGGAAAGCAAAAUAGUUCAAGAUGCUUUUGAAGCGUCUCUGAAAGUUGCGAUAGGAGCGGCAGAGGGUGCGGGGAAGAAGGGGACGGACCCCAUAGCACAUGAGAAGGAGUUGCACCGGCCCCUUAGGAAUCUCUUGAAUACAUUGAGAGAUGGGGAAGGUCAUCUAGGCAAGGACAUCAAUGAAGAAACGCUCUUUGUAGAUCCUCGCCCGGUUUUGGCUUCUCUAUUGGAGAGGAAGUCUGAUUUGAAUUACCUUGCGGAAAGAAACAUAACUGGGAUUUUUUGGGGACUCUUGAUAUCGUUUGUUGAGGUUGGGUGCCAGAAGAAAGAUUUCAGGUUGUAACAGCCGCAAAUAGAUCAUCACAGUUUAUGGUGUCCACUCCAUCGCAGCAUGGAACAACAGAAGGUUCGCAAACGGCCUUCAGUCGUUCGCGAUCACCUCCU